AUACCAUCAUUCACGAUGCAGAAGGUCACGUCAAAGUUGCCGUCUUGGGACAAGACCAAGACCCAGAGCAAGAAGGGGUUCGACAAGGUAUGGGGAUGGGCUGAUAAGCUGGGUGCGCCCAUAAAUAGACUCUCGAAUCGGAUUGGGAGUGAGGCUUUUUGGCCUACGACGUUGGAUAAGGAGAGCGACAAGGCAGCCAGGAUUUUGAGAUCAUUCUGCAAGGAUGGCUUCUACACUGAGGAAGAAAAACCAGCAGACCAAGCAGGCCCCAAGCAAAAACAACGAGUCCUAAAAAAGAUUCCCCAAAAAGUCAUAGAAAACGCCGUCGGCCUCGCAAUCUUUACAACAAUGCGCACCGGCCUCUGGGUUUCCGGAGCCGGCGGAUCCGGCGUCCUGGUAGCCCGCAAAGAAGACGGCACCUGGUCUCCCCCAUCGGGCAUCAUGCUCCACACAGCCGGACUUGGAUUUCUCGUCGGAGUCGAUAUUUACGAUUGUGUUGUGGUGAUUAACAAUCGCAAGGCUCUUGAGGCGUUUACAAAGAUUCGGGCGACGCUUGGUGGCGAGAUUAGCGCCGUCGCCGGACCCGUCGGAGCUGGUGGCGUUUUGGAGAAUGACGGCAAGUGGAAGCAGGUCAACAGGCCUGUUUUUACUUAUCUCAAGUCGCGAGGGUUUUAUGCUGGUGUUCAAGUCGAUGGUACCAUCAUUAUUGAGCGGACGGAUGAGAAUGCGCGCUUUUAUGGCGAGGAGAUACGUGUCGCUGACAUCUUGGCUGGAAAGGCGCGUCAUCCCCCACCGGAGAUCAAGAUGUUGAUGGAGACGUUGAAGGCUGCAGAAGGUCGAACAGAUGUUGAUGAAGAGCUCAUGGAAGAGCUAGAAGGGCAACCUGCGCCAGGCGACGUCGACGUCGAUGCUCCAGGCGAGGGCAAGAUCUUUGGCAUCCCAGACCCCGAGGAUCCAGAUCCAUACGGUGUGCUCGCCUUGGAGAAGGAAGGUCUUGAGAUCCGCGAGGCUGCAACACACUCAAGACCUUCAAGUCAACAAUUCGAGUAUAACCCCAGCCCAACAAGUCCAGUCUACAACAAAUUCUACCGACGGAGCAUGGAGACAGCUGUUAAGAGCAAUCGCGACAGCUUCGCCUCAUCACCCAAGUCAAGAUUAAGCACGGAAGUAAGCUACACAACGUCCGAGGCUGGAACACAGACAGAUCCUGUCAUCGUCACUUCAAUCGCAAGCACCCCCGACAGUCUCAAGUAUGGAGCACAGGAUGAUGAGCGAAGUAUCUACGAAGAUGUUGCCGAGAUGGAUUAUGCCGACAGUCCAUAUCGCCACACCAACGGGAAUCCAUGGAGUGCCCAAGAGACUGGCAUUAUUCACCGUGAAGGGGAAUACAAUUUCUCGUCGGCCAAUGAUGAAAAAGCCCAGCCUCGGAGCGCAACUCCGACAAGGGUGCCGCCGCCACUACCACCAAGAGCCUCCACAGCCAACCUCGAGUUUGAGGACGUGAGUCUCAAAGACACGGAAGCGAAGUAA